ACCCUGGCAAGGCGUGGUCGCGUCGUGAAGGCGAAAAUCGCCACUGGUGGUGGUGGCGGGAAGGUUGCCGGUAGUGGCGGCGGUUGGUGGAUGGAAGGUUGCCGGUGGUGGUGUUGGUUGAAUGCUUACAUAGCCUAUCUACUACGACACUGAAGUUUGGAGAUCGAAAUGCAAAUGUAUUAGUAUUAUUCUAUUAUGAUUAUUACCGGUUCAGUUCACAAGGAGUAUUAUUUAGAAACAGUUAUGGUGGGGAAUUAUUUUCCUUUGACAAAACAGCUAAGGUUGGAUACUGGAACCAACAUAUGGGAAGGAAAAUGCUUUGUUCUCCUUGCUCGUCACUUACAUGAUAAAAUCAUCAAAAUUUGAUUCUUUUUUUGUUGUUUUGUUUAUGUUUCUUUUUGCUUAUGUGGUGUCUAGUCAUUUGCAUUUCCUUCUCCAAACUUCAGUGUCGUAGUAGAUAGGAAAGAAUCCUAGUGAUGAUUCCCGAUAACUUAUAGAGCACCCCUUGUACUUACUUGAAGUGCUACAUUUAUUCAACUGCUCCAGAUAAUAACUAAAAUUUCAGAAUACUCAGGACGGAUCUGGUAUAAUUUGUGAUGUUGGAUGUUCAUAGUGGAUAAUGCAUUUGAUUCUGUAGUUCUAAUUAAAUAUCUCAAGAAAGUUGAGUUGGAAGUUAGUAUUUGUGUUCUACGAACGUAUAGACUGCAAUGCAUGUGUCAGUUGUCUAUUGCUAUCAGACUCAUGUGAACAAGUUUACUGAAUAAGCAGGGCUGUCCACCAAUUGUCCCCCAUUAGGUGGCGAGCUUAUUGGAACUGUUAUGAUUAGAUGAUAUGAGAUAUUAUUUCAUGCGUUUUGUAACAUUAAUAUGAUAUUGCCGAUAAAAAGAUGUUGCUAUUAUAUUCCAGUGUACUGCAUGAUUUACUGCUGCUUAUGUGUGCACAUCCCGAGUUGGGAAUCACAAAAGGCAUGCAUUUCCACUGACCUAUGAUUUUUGCAGCCCCUCUUAUGUAUUGUUCUAGGCCAACAUGGCUUUAGAGAUUGUAUUUACAAGCAAAUGUUUGGACAAAAUUCCUCGGCUUCUCUAAUUUUUUUGGAAUUUUGAGAGUCACUUCUUAUGAUAUGCAUUGCAGGUGGUGGAUACUGCAACCAGCAGUGAGUUGUCCUUCCAUAGAGAGUUUGCUUAACCUUCUCAAAGGACAUUUUGAUUGGGGGCUUCUAGAAAUUGGAAUCAUUAUUUCACCACAAUGUGCUGGAAUUGGCCGGAAACGUGGCGAGGGACAACAAGAAGACCCGUAUCGUGCUGCGACACAUCUUCCGGUGAAGAUCCUAAUGAUGCUUCAAACAUCUUCCAGUGUUGAUGCCUACGAUGACGAGAGGAGACUGGUAGCGAGGAUGAGGAAGACGAGGAGAAUGAGGUGGAGGAUAGUGAGGGUGGUAGUAGUAGUUUUUCUUUUUCUUUUUGGCUCCCCGCUUAAGGGAGAGGGAAAAUGUUAUGGCCGUAUACUGGUUUUGUAUCCGGAAGACUAUGUAUACACUCAUUUUUCUAGUGAAUGCGGUAGUUUGCUUCUUUUAAUUUUUGUUGCCUUCGUGGUUUUUCUGAAGACAAUACUUGGUUUUCUUUCUUGUUUCAAAACUUUAAACUUGAAUUUGCUUGAUGAUUUAUGA